AUGCCGCACAGCAAUUCUAGUAUACCAACAACGCCUACGAUAGCAGCAACGCCUACAGAAAUAUCUUGGAGAAGUUCCAGAAAGAAAUCGAGUACAUUGCCUGAUAGAAAUGAUUUCCUCAAUACAAAUGAAAGCACUCUAUUUGCAGCCAAUACUUGGGUACACUCUUCACCUUAUGCACAAUUGCCACCGUUUGCUGUUAUUGGUGGACAUGAUUGCGAUGGGUCCCCAAUUUAUGUUGGUCGCUCCUAUCAUGAAGGUGAUAAUUUACCAGCUAAAGUUAUACCAAGCAAAGGUACUGCAUAUGUAGCCUGGGGCGGUAGAGAAAUCACAAAAUCCCAUUAUGAGAUACUUGUUGGUGAGGGUUACGGUUGGGUGCCCUGUUUUGGUGGUAGUGUACCUCAAAACGCUGUACGUACAGGUAACACAAGUACUGGAGAACCACUUUAUGUUGGCAGAGGACAUCACGCCAACAGCUUGACUGUCGGCAAAAUUCAUCCAUCUCAUGGUUGUUUAUAUAUACCAUUUGGUGGUCAAGAAGUUCGCUUGAGUACUUAUGAAGUGUUGGUACAGCAGAGUCGUGAAAAUUGGGUAGCUUCUACACCAAACUACACACCACCAGGUGCUGUAAUUGCUGGACAUGAUACAGAUCGUGCCACUAUCUAUGUUGGUCGGGCAAUGCAUGAAGGUGAGAUGCUACCAGCUAAAAUUAUUCCCAGUAAAGGAUGUGCAUACAUUUGUUAUCGUGGAUACGAAGUAAAUAAACAACACUUUGAGGUUCUCUGUGGUUAUGGCUAUACAUGGGUAAAAUCAUAUGGUCACUCAAUUCCACCUAAUGCCGUAUCCACUGGUCGCUCUCGUAGCGGUGAACCAUUGUAUGUUGGACGUGGUCAUCAUCACGGCAGCAUUACACCUGGAGUUGUGUCUGUAAGCCAACGUUGCCUAUACAUACCUUAUGGAGGACGCGAAAUUCGUGUAGAUUCUUAUGAAUACUUAUGCAAAUUUUUAUUUAAUUUAGAAUACAAAUGGGUGCAUUCAUCUGCAUAUUCAAGCAUUCCUCAGGAUGCUGUUCCUGGUGGCAACGACACUGAUGGUGCAAUUAUUUACGUGGGUCGCUCUUUUCACAAUGGAGACAUGUUAGUGGCUAAAGUUAUGCCAUCAAAGCAUAUAGCAUUUGUCUCAUGGAGAGGUGAAGAAGUACCAAAAGAUCAUUUUGAAAUAUUAUGCGGCACUAAUCUUGCAUGGCGUCAUUGUUAUGACCAUGUGAUACCAGAAAAUGCAGUGCUUUGUGGUAAAACUUCAUUAGAACAACCGAUUUAUGUUGGACGCGGUUGGUAUGAAGGCAGUCUCACAGUUGGUAAGAUCUCUUCUGUACAUCGUGCAUUGUUCAUACCAUUUGGUGGAGCAGAAAGACGUCUUAAUUCAUAUGAAAUAUUAGUUGAAGAAACAAAAUCUAUAGGUUGGUCACUACCUACACCACCACCACCAGAACCAAUAAUUGAAAAAGCAAAUCCACCACUUAUUGAACUAUUAGAAAGUAAACCAUAUCCGUAUCCACCCAUGUUAGAAUCAAAGCCAUCAGUACCAUUUGUUCCAGUGCCAGCAUAUGACCCACCACCACCAUAUGCACCUAUUGCACCAUCUGUACUACCACCACCACCACCAACACCUGUUUUCACACCAGCGAAUGUUGCAGGAGCUACAUCAUAUGAUCCAUAUUUACCAUCAAAACCCGGCUAUACAACAGCAGAAUUUAAACCAGCCACACCUUAUGAUCCAUACUUACCACCAAAACCUGGUUAUACACCAGCAGAAGUUGCACCACCAAAUUCAUAUGUGCCACCACCAACUUUUACGCCUGCACAAGUUGCACCGCCAACACCAAUUAGAACUCAUGAUCUCUGGGUUGCAGCUAGUUACAAUUAUACACCUCCCAAUGCAGUGCACGCUGGUCAUGAUACAGAUUUAUCAACAUUAUUAGUUUGUCGUGCAUUCCAUUGUGGUGAAAUGCUACCCGGAAAAGGUGUACCAAAUCGUGGUUGUGCUUAUAUAUCACACGCUGGACAAGAGAUUACCAAAUCAAAUUAUGAAAUAUUAGUGGGCGAUAGAUAUCAUUGGGUAUCAUCUGGUGAUGGCAAUGUACCGCCCGGUGCAGUGGAAGCAGGUCGUACUAUGAAUGGAGAACCUUUAUAUGUUGGUAGAGCUCACUAUUGUGGCAGUCUUACACCAGGUAGAAUACAGUGUUCUCACAGAUGCUUGUAUAUACCGUAUGGCGGGAGAGAGGUUCGAGUUACUCACUAUGAAGCUUUGGUGCGCAGUGAUGAAUUCUACCGUGGACAAGGCAUGCUGUAUUAAUUCUCAAAAGCAUUGUCACUAAUAUAGUUAAUAUUUUAAAAAUUAUUUGUUGUUUAUUGUAAAUAUUCGUUAUAUAGAUUUAUUU